AUGCAGAAACAAAGUUCAGCUGUUGUUGAUGUGGUUUCACCUAUGCUGCAGAGCUCAAACAUUCAUGUGGUCGCCACUGUCGUGCAAGGAAGUGAAUCAGCUGAUGAACCAACAGUUGUUGAAAUUACAGAUGAAGUAGAUAGCACUCGUGAUGAACAUCAUCAAAUGAAUGAAUCGAAUUGUAGUUCUGAUAUGGGAAUUAAUGAAAAGGUUGCUGUAAUUGCUAAGCAAUGUGUGGAGAAUGGGAUCAGUGAUAACGCCAUUGAAAUUCUUCGUCAUUUACAGGCCAGUUUAGUUCUAGGAAGUCCUGAAGGGAUAAAAAAUUUUAUUAUGGUGGAUCGGCAAAAUUUGUUAACAACAGCAUUUGAGGAAAUUGAUGGUUUAAAUAACAAACUAAUUACGUUAGAAGUUCAAUUCUAUAAUGAGGUAUGUUGUUUGAUUCUUCAUGUUAAUAUGCAUCUGUACUAA